UACCUUCAAGGAUGAAAACCUUAAAAAAGGAACUGAAAUAACACCAGCCCUCAAGCAAACAAUUCAAGAAUCAUGUAUUUCAAUUGUCAUAUUCUCCAAAAACUAUGAAAUUUUCUCCAUGGUGCUUGGACGAGCUUGUUGUGAUAAAUGAAUGCAGAGAAAAGUCGGGGCAAAUAGUUUUGCCAGUUUUUUACCGUGUAGAUCCAACUGACGUUCAAGCGCUGAGAGGCCCUUUCGCAAGUGCACUUGCUAGGCUUUUAAAAGAUCCCAGCGAUAGUUCACACAACCUGGGUGGAUGGUGCCAUGCUUUGAAGACAAUCAGCAACGACUUAAGUGCUUUUGUUUCGAAUGAGAUCAAGAAGCUAUGUAACAAUGCAUAACUUACUGCAACAAAUGGGAAAGGAGAUUGUGAAUGAGGAAUGCAAACAGCCUGGAGGACGCAGUAGGUUGUGGAAUCGUGAGGACAUUUCUCAUGUAUUCAAAACAAAUACAGGAACUGAUAAGAUUGAGUGCAUUUCGUUUGAGAUGUUGAAUGCUGGAGCUUUUGAGAUAAGUUCCAAAAUUUUCAUGAAGAUGCCUAAUCUUAAAUUCCUCAGUAUCUAUGACUCUGAAUUGAUUUUGCCUGAUGGCCUUGAUUUUCUUCCGGAACAGCUGAGAUAUUUAUCUUGGCAUCGUUACCCUUUGAAAUCGUUGCCGUUGAAGUUUUGCCCAAAUAACCUUGUACAACUUCACCUGCCUGAAAGCCAACUCAAACAACUGUGGGAUGGAGAUAAUAAGCCUUUUAAAAGUUUGGAAGUUAUGAACCUCCAGAGCUCUCUGUCUUUAUUGAGAAUUUCGGACUCGUUUCAAGCCCCAAACCUUGAGGAAUUACGUUUGUCAAGUUGUAGCAGUUUAAUUGAGAUUCCUUCAUCUCUUAAAUAUUCAACCAAGCUUGUUCGGCUACACUUAGACUACUGUGUAAGUAUUCGCAGUUUGCCAAGCUUCCUUCAGUUAGAAAAUCUUGAGAUUCUUGAUCUUCGAGGUUGCAGUAAACUUGACGAAUGUCCUGAGCUUCCUUGCAAUUUAAGGGAUUUAAAUUUAAGUGAAACUGCAAUAAAACAAUUGCCUUCAUCAAUUGGACAUUGCUCUCAACUUGUUGAAUUAUCGUUAAGUGAGUGUACAGAGCUUGAAAAUCUUCCAAACUGCAUUGGCCAGUUACAAUCUCUAAUCUUCUGACGAGAAACU